UGAGGCGCAGUUUAGAAUGACCAAUCUGUAUCAGCUGACUGCCCACGUGACUUUGCGGAAGUAUCAACAACAUGAGCAACGUGUAAGCAAAGAUGCUCAUUUCUGCUUGCAUAGGCUUACGCUUUUUGGCCGUAUUAACGAUCUCGUUGGCCUGUCUGGAUAAAGUUCAUGGAUGCGGGGCUUACGCUGAGCCCGCCGCCUCGCCGGGUGCAACGAGCUGCGGAUGUGAGAGUUUGAAGCGAGACGCUGUCGUUGGGGACAGCACAGCAUCGGAGGAGCCAAACGUAAAAUAUUCCCGAGGCGCCAAUGAGAUGCAGAAAGAAACCCAGGGAACCCAGAGGAUUCUCAGUCAGAUGGUGCUGAUUUCUGGUGGCAAAUUUCUGAUGGGAACAGACAACCCAGGCAUCCCUGCUGACGGCGAGGGCCCUCAGAGACAGGUCCACGUGGACUCCUUCUACAUGGAUAUCCAGGAGGUCACCAACCGACAGUUCCAGAGCUUUACCAAUGCCACAAGCUAUUUGACAGAGGCAGAGAAUUUUGGAGACUCGUUUGUUUUUGAAGGAAUUCUAAGUGAGACAGUCAAAAACCAAAUCAGCAAAGCGGUGGCUGCUGCCCCCUGGUGGCUUCCAGUCAAAGGGGCAAACUGGAGACAACCUGAGGGUCCUGAUUCCAGUAUCAAUGAUAGGAUGGAUCAUCCUGUUGUUCAUGUAUCCUGGGCAGAUGCUAAUGCCUACUGCACGUGGGCCAACAAGCGGCUUCCUACGGAGGCAGAGUGGGAGUAUGCCUGCAGAGGCAAUUUAAAAGACAGACUUUACCCGUGGGGAAAUCGACUGAACCCAAAAGGGGAACACUAUGCCAACCUCUGGCAGGGGGAGUUCCCUCACAAUAAUUCCGCAGAGGAUGGUUACAUCAAAACCUCACCGGUGAAAUCUUUUCCCGCCAAUGCUUUUGGUCUAUUUGACAUGGUGGGCAAUGUGUGGGAAUGGACGUCAGACUGGUGGACUGUUCAUCACUCAACCGAGCAACAACACAAUCCAACAGGUCCUCCAUCAGGUACUGACAAAGUAAAGAAGGGCGGGUCAUACAUGUGUCACAAGUCAUACUGUUACCGAUACCGUUGUGCAGCGCGAAGCCAGAACACGCCGGACAGCUCUGCCUCCAAUCUUGGUUUUCGUUGCGUCUCUCAGGAGCCCCAUUGACUUAGACUCAUGCACUGGGUUACAUAAAACCCUUUUUUAAAAAUGUCUACUGUUUUACUGGAGAGAGUGAAUUAAGUAAUGAUUUUAUGGAAGUUUUUUUCCUUUGCUUUU